AUGGAAGGGCUCUAUUUUAACAUUGAUGCUGGAUUCAUCGAAGGAGUUGUGCGCGGAUACAAGUCUGGGCUUUUAAGCUCGGCUCAGUACAUUAACCUUACUCAAUGUGACACCCUGGAAGAUCUCAAACUCCAGCUUUCUGCUACCGACUACGGCAACUUUUUGGCGAACGUGCCAAGUCCGCUGGCUACGUCGGUGCUCCAGGAGAAAGCGAGCCAAAAACUGUACGAGGAGUUCCAUUAUAUCAGGGCACAGGCCACAGAGCCAUUAGCCAAGUUCAUGGAUUUCAUCACCUAUGGAUACAUGAUCGAUAACGUGGCAUUGAUGAUCACAGGAACAGUCCAUGAGAGAGACAGGGCCGAAAUUUUGGAAAGAUGUCAUCCGCUCGGUUGGUUCGACACUUUGCCCACGCUUUCAGUUGCCACGGACAUCGAUUCGCUGUAUUCGACGGUGUUGAUCGACACCCCAUUGGCACCAUAUUUCAAGGAUUGUCUGAGUGCAGAUGACUUGGAUGACAUGAACAUUGAAAUCAUCAGAAACACGCUCUACAAGUCCUAUUUGGAGGAUUUUGCCAACUUCUGCUCCAAAUUGCCAUCUCCCUCGGACGAGAUCAUGCUGAGAUUACUCAACUUCGAGGCAGAUAAGCGUUCCCUCAAUAUCGCGCUGAACUCACUGGGGACAGAAUUGACCCCAGAUGUCAAGGUGAAACUACUGCCCUCUCUGGGAAAGCUGUACCCCACGUUCCAGGUGCAGCUAUCCCGUGUUGAAGACAUGGAGAGCUUGAAGGGGAUCGUUGACAACGUUUUGGAGUUCAAGGACUUCUUCGACACUUCAAACGAGAAGACACUCGAAGACCACUUCUACCAAUACGAGAUGGCAUUGUGCAGGGAUGCGUUCACGCAGCAGUUUACAAUCUCCACCAUUUGGGCUUGGAUAAAAUCUAAGGAGCAGGAGAUCAGGAACAUAACCUGGAUUGCCGAAUGCAUUGCGCAGAACCAAAAGAAUAGAAUCGACAAUUACAUCUCUGUGUUCUGA